AUGAACUGAAAGUGGUUGGUUUGGAUGCAGCACUACUAAUUGUUGAGUAUUGAUUAUCUUUUUAUUUUUUAUAUUGUUGAUAUGAAUAGAUUGAAGAAAAGAGUGGUGACUAACUGCCAAUGUAUAUCCACAUUAGUGGUAGUUUUAAACACGACCGCGAUGGUAACCUUAGAUAUGUUGAUGGGGAGUGUGAUACAUGGCAAGUGAAUCCGGAGUUGUUAACAGUUUGGGAGUUUUAUGAGAAAGUUGGAAUUGGUAGAUAUGAUGUUGAUCUAGUGGAAGGUAUUUAUUAUCUUGAACCAAGCAAAUCACUAGAUGAUGGUUUAAAGCAAAUUAUUGGAGACGAGACAGUUAGGGAAGUGUUGGAUGUGAUGAAGGGACAUGGUGAAGUUCAUAUAUAUGUGGAUCACAUCCCCAACUUUGCUGAAAUAGUUCCUGUAUCUCCUGUUUUAAUGCUUCCAGCACCUGGUGAUCCUUUAGAACCUGGUGGUGGGGUUUGUAGUGAUGCUGGUGGUGGGGUUUGUAGUGAUGCUGGUGGUUCAGUUUUUAGUGAUGCUGGUGGGCUUUGUAGUGAUGCUGGUGGGAGUAGGAUCAAUGAGAAUGAGGCAUUUCAUGAGGUUGGUGAAAGGAGGGACAAUAACAGUGAUGAACAGGAUGGAAUAUUUAAUGAGGCUGAUAAUGUUGAAGAACCUGAGGAAAAUGAGUAUGAGCAUGGGCUUGAGGAUUUUCCUAAGUUGUCUGACAAUGAAGAUGAGGAGACUAUUCUAGCAAGGGAUAAUUUGAGGCAUUACAGUUCGACUCAACAACAUGCUGAUAAUAUAAACAUUGCUGUUCAAGGUGAGGAUGAUGCAGAAAUACACUCUGGUGAUGAAGUAAGUUACCAAACCACAAGUGAUGAAGAGGACAGUGAAGCAAAACAUGGUGUCAGAAGAAAAGCAAGGCAUCCUGUCUUUGAUGAAAGUGAAGGCAACCAGGAAAUUGAGCUUGGUAUGAUAUUUCUUAAUAAGAAACAAUUCAAGAAAGCUGUGGGUCAAUUGAGCAUCAGGGGAGGGAGAGAAAUUACAUGGAAAAAAAAUGAUAAGCUCCGAAUGAGGGCAGUGUGCAAGAAUGAGAAAUGUGACUGGAAGAUUCUACUGGCGAUGGACACUCCUACAAAUUCUUGGAUGGUAAAAACUUUCUAUAAUAGUCACACAUGCUCGAGGAUUGUUACAAAUAAAGUUUGCACAUCAUCUGUUGCUGCUGAUCAUCUGGUUAAGACAAGAGGAGUAUCUUCCCUACGUAUGAAUAGGGGAGAUGUUUUUGAGGCAAUUCGAGAUGAUUUAGGUGUGGAGUUGACACCUGUGCAACGCAAGAAGACAAAGGAUAAGUUGAAGAAGAAAUUUGAAAGUGUUUCUAAUGCUGAAUACAACAGGUUAUUUGAUUACGCAAAUGAGCUUAGGUCAAAAGAUCCAGAAGCAAGCGUUGUGCUUCAGUGUUGUAGACAAUCAGUAGAUACAACUCCUACAUUCUUAAGGAUGUACGUCUGUUUCAGUGCGUUGAAGAAGGGGUUUCUUGCUGGAUGCAGACGUGUAAUAGGAGUUGAUGGUGCAUUCCUCAAAGGUGCCUACAAAGGAGAGUUGCUGACUGCUGUUGGACGAGAUGCAAACAAUCAGAUGUACCCGAUAGCUUGGGCUGUAGUGGAGGUUGAGAAAAAGGAGACAUGGGAAUGGUUUUUUGAAGAACUGAGGAAAGAUUUGCUCAUGGGUGAUGGAAGCAGGUUUUGCAUUAUGUCUGACCAACAAAAGGCUGUGGAGGAGCUCUUCCCAUGUGCUGAACACAGGUUUUGUGCUAGACAUAAGUACAGCAAUUUUAGGAAGCAGGAUAAAGGCAAGGAGCUGCAAAAGGCAUUUUGGAAGUGUGUUAAGGCACGAACCAUACCUGAGUUUACCAAAGCUCUGGAUGAGUUGACAUCAUUGAAACCUUCUGCAAGGGAAACAAUGUUAAACACAAACCCAAAGCAUUGGUGUAGAGCGUUCUUCCAAACAGAGACAAAGUCAGAUAUAGUUGAUAAUAACAUGUGUGAGAUUUUCAAUGGAUUGUUGGUUGAAUCAAGACAUAAGGCUAUUGUCUCAUUGCAUCAAGAUUUGAGGGCAUUUUGUGGUCAAAGGACAGUGGCAAGAAGGGAAUUUGGGGAUAGAAAGUUUGUAGAUGAUUUUGGUCCAAGAACAUGGGAAAAGCUGGUAGCAAAUAUGAGGGGAAGCAGAAGGUGCAAAUUCUUGUGGCCGGGGAGUAACUGUUAUGAAGUUCAAGAGAAUGGUGCGGAUGUAUACAUGGUUAAUGUGGAUGAAAGAAAGUGCACAUGCAGGGAAUGGGAUCUCACUGGAAUCCCUUGUAGGCAUGCCAUGGUAGCUAUUAACGCUAGGAAGGAAAAAGCAGAAGAUUAUGUAUCACAUUGGUAUAGGAAGGAGAAGUUUAAAGCUGCUUAUGAGUAUGCUGUACCUGUAACUGAAAGGAUGAAUCAGUGGGAGAAAACUGGAAUGCCACCUGUUCAACCCCCACCAGCCAGGAAAAUGCCAGGAAGGCCAAAAGGGAAGAGGGUUUUGGAAGAAUGGGAAGGGCACACUAACAUGAGUCGAAAAGGGAGACAAAUGACCUGUCAAAAGUGUUUCCAAAAAGGACACAAUUCAAGAAAAUGCAAAGCACAAGGACCCACCACCGUCCCUCAACCUGAAAAUGCCCAUGCAAGUGAAGAGCAAGUUCCUGUUGAAGAUUCCCAACAUCCCACAACAAUCACUGAAAAUGAUGAUUCUCAAAUUCCUUUGAGUCAAGUGGUGAACCCAACGCCUAUCAAUGAUCCAAUGUCUGUGCAGAAUCAGAAUGAAGAGAAUACCAAUCCAGCAACUGUCCAGCAACAAAAAAAUAGAGGCCAAAGGAGUUCAGCAUCAGCAACUGCGAAUCCCCCUGCAGCUGCACCACAUGCCACUGUAGAAACUCCGCAGCAACCUAAAAAAAGAGUGAAGACAACUGCAAAAGAACCACCAAGACAUAGGGCAAAAAGUGUUGGUAAUAGGUCAAACCAAUAAAAAAGGAAGUUGUUGCAAUAUGUUUGUUUGAUACUGGACAGUUGGUAGUAUAUUUUGCUUUGUGCUUGUGUUUGGCAAAUAUGAGACAGUUGAUUGGCAAGCUAGUUUUUGGUGUAUGCUUGAUACUUGACACUGAAAAUGAGAGAUUUUUUGUGUGUAAGCAUUGCUUGAUACUUUGUACUAUGUGUAUCUAAUCUUUGUUUUUUUGGUAAUUUAUGUGUAUCUUGCAUGUUUGGUUUUAUGCA